AUGUCUAUCCAUGCCCAUGCCCAUGCCUACGCUCAGCUCCUCCCUCACAUCAGAUGGACCUUACUGAGCCCCACCUGUCUUUUUCGGAGAGAGGGGAGCGGAGGGGAUCUGCGAUGCGGGGAGAAAUUCCAGCGAGCCAUGAAACAACCGUCUCCCAGCUUUUGGGCAGCCACAAGCUCCCACAACGGAUGGAUGACGAACGAGAUGCGUGUGUUUAACGGCCAGAUUGCUCGGAAUACUGGCCUGUCUCUUCUGGAUCCAAAUGUCUCACAGAAACCCACAUGUCUCUUCCCUCCCGUUGGCAGUCGCCCAAGAGCUAAAUUACGAGAUAUCACUUUUUCCAGGCACAAGGUGGUCAUCGAGACACGAGUGUUUCGGCUGUCAGGGUGGCUUCCUGCAGGAACAAAACAUCCCCUUCUCUUUUUGAGCAGCCACUGGAGCAACCCAGUUCAUGCCUUGGUUUCUAGCUAG